AUGACUAACAUUACUGUUGGCAAGGUAUACGAGAAGGUCAUCCAGCAAGUCAUCGACAGCUCAGUCACAGAUGUCCAAGAUAGCGGUAUCGAUCCCUCAGUCUUAGAGGAAUUGAAAAAGGUCUGGCAAGAGAAGUUGUCCGGAUUCAAGGUAGCCACUUUCCCUUGGGACCCUGAGCCCGUUCCUGAGCCAGCCGCCAAGCAAGAGGCUGUCGAUACGGGCGGUGACCUCGCCUCUGAUGGUACUCGCAUAAAGCCCGAGCCAGAGGCUGAAAUGCCGCCUGCUCCCGCUCCGGCUCCAUUGGGUCAAGCUCUUAGUGACCCAAGUCUCGCUGCAGCGCGUGCUCGUGAGAUGGUUGCUCAGAAGUUCGGAGGAAAUGCCCAACAACGCUCGACGUUUCCUGGACUUAUGUUGCCUACUCCACCUCAACAGCAACAUCACAAUGGCCAAACCGAUGGACCUGAUGAUGGGCCCACUAGACAAGAAGUUGAUGAGCAGAUUCGAGAAAUUGUCUUGGAAGGAGAACAAAUUCGUACUUACGAGGAUGCCAUCGCGGAAGCCUUGAGACAAUUCAACAUCCAGACAGAUAUUCUCCAAGUCCGCCCUCUGAAGAAGAAGAAGGGGAAAAGAGCUAUCUCUCAUAAAGCUGUCGAUACAGAUUUGACCUUGUCACCAGUUCCUGAUGCUGUUGCCGGUCCAUCAUCCUUGGCCUCAUUCAAACCACUCCAGACCGAUGGUCCCGAAAUGGAUGAGGACGCCAUCAACUCAGACCUUGAUGAUACUGACGAGGAACCUGUCGAUGACGAUGACGAUGGCGAAGGCAUCUCUCAGAUCAUGUUGUGCAUGUACGACAAGGUCCAACGCACUAAGAAUAAGUGGAAGUGUUGGCUCCGAAACGGUGUCUUGACUGUAAACGGAAAAGAAUAUGUCUUCGGCAAAGCCACUGGAGAGUACGAGUGGUAA